AUGAGUUGGAAUAAAAAUCCUCCUCCAUAUGGAGUAAACCCUCAAUAUUCCUCUUUCAAUUCACAAUCCAACACUUUUAGUCCUCCACAAAGGCAGAACCAAUAUGGCGAUGCUCAGCAUAGAGCUGGAGUUCCAGGAGGAGGAUGGGAUGAGGGCGAUGAAGAAAUUCGAAUCCAACGCCCUAACCAAAUGUCUCGUAACCCAGUGAUUUCACCUCCAUCAAGACCAAAUCCCCCACAAGAAGUUCCUAUAUCCAAUUAUGAAAUGGAAAUCAACGAAGAAGGGCCGAUAACUCAGGCUCGGCCAGAAAUAAAAGUAAACCAAGCCCCUUUGAGAUCGCCCUUAGCGCUAGGACUUCAACCUGGCCCUUAUGAAAAAAAGCUUAUCGAAGACAUUUGCAUGCCAAGUGGAGCAAGGGUAAAACCUUCUGAAAAAGACUUGCUGGAAUUAAGCAAAAAGUGCACAUAUUUGCCAUGUGAAAUUAUAGGAAGUCUACUUCUGCAACAAUUAGAGAACCCGCCCAAAGCUUUAAAAGCUCUUUUUGUUAUAGACAGACUAAUCACUGACUAUCAGACUUAUUUUGAUUUUGCAAACGAAAAUCGACACAGGAUAGAAAGUGCGGGAUACUCACAAGCACAUUCAAGGGCCAUACAAACAAUUAUCAGCAAAUUAGAUCGCACAGGAGCAGUAACGACUGUGGCAGCAACUUCAACACCUGCAUAUAACCCAAAUUCGUUUGAAAACAUUUUAGAUCUUUAA